AUGGUUUUUGGCCCAUUCCGGGACCCGCGCAGCCGGGGCGCUCUGGGUUUCGGGGUGCCCGGGGGUCCCCCCCCGGAGCGGCUCCUGACCGUGGUGCACGGCCCCGACCUCGUCAGCCUCGGCUUCCUCAACCUGCUGGCCGUGGAGGAGGGGGAGGCCAAGGUGUGGACGGAGGAGCUGUUCCGGUUGGCCACGAACAUCCUGGCCCGGAACGCGUCGCGGAACACCCUGCUCAGGAAGGCGUACACGAAGCUGACGCUGCAGCUGAACCCGGACGGGCGGAUCCCGGUCAAGAACAUCCUGAGGAUGUUCUCGGCCGACAAGAAAAGGGCGGAGACGGCGCUGGAAUCCUGCGGGCUCGGCUGCUCCAGG